UGCUCGAUCCUAAUCGUUGCUUCUCAAUUGUUCUCCCCCUUCCUCUCUUCCUCCUCCCGUCUCCCCUUCGAUGGCUCGAUUGAUCUUUGCCAGGACCGUAGCCGGAGCCUCGCCCAGCCUCACUACUGCCGCCCGCCUUUUCAGCUUCCGUCUCCUCUCCGGCCGUCCCGAGAAGGUAGAGCUCUUCGAGCAGGAGAUCCAGGCAGAGGAUCCCUACUCGGAGAUCGAGGUCCUCGGGAUGCGACGCCUCGAGGAAGCCAUAUACGCCAUCAUAGUUCGCAGAUCCGCUCCCGAUUGGCUGCCCUUCAUCCCUGGCUCCUCCUACUGGGUUCCGCCCCGCAGGCGCCCUCAUGGUGUCAUCGAUCUCGUCCACAGGCUCACGUAUCCGAUGACAGAGGACGAGAUCAUGUCGUUCACCACGGAUCGUGGCUGGCCUUCCUCCUCCUAUUUUGUGAAAGGUACACCUCUGCAACCAAUGAAGAAGAGCAAAGGGAGGACCAAGGUGCACUCUGAUGAUGAAGAACGCUAAACGUCGCCCAACAGGUUGCCAUUGAGGCUCUUUCAUGCUGCGACUUAAAUGCCAAGCAUUUCAGCUCCUUGUACACAUGGGAAGGGAGAUUGCAGCUGUUGGCUUUCAGUUCACCAAUGCAAACUAGUCCUACCUUCUCUUCCUGCCCCCAGGCAUUCAGAUGUUGCAACUUUGGUAAAACUUUGUUCAUAAUGUGAUCAAUAAUGAUCUAAUCCACUUAUAUUCAUAUCUAUUCCAUAAUGAAAAUGAUAAAAUUGGCAUGUGACCACGGACAAUGCCUCA